AUGGCGCAGCCUUUCCAACUUCCAUACUUAAGGGAUUCCAAGGAAUUACCUGCACCUCUUCCCUCUGUUGAUGAAAUUCAUGCGUCACCAAAUAUCCUUAAGGGACUUGAAGCUUGGGCAGACAGGAAGGUUGUGAGGGUAGGUGAACAUUUUAUCGCAAAAUACAGUCCUUACAACGAUCAAAUAGAAGGAGAGAACCUUCUAUUCAUUGAGCAAAACCUUCAAAUAUCGGCUCCUCGAUUAUAUGCAAUGUGGAAAGAGCCUGAUGGAAGGCUUUAUAUUGUCAUGGAAUAUCUUCAGGGAAAUACACUCCAGUUUCUGUGGCCAAAUCUUCACGAACCUGACAAAGUCCUCAUUCUCUCAAAGCUACGAGACAUUUUUAACCAAGUACGCACCCUUCAGUCCCCUGGCUUUUUUGGGGCCAUCAACAAGAGCCACAUGCCACAUCAUCUAUUCUACUCUCCAGCGUACGAUCCGAAGAUAUCCGGCCCCUUUGGAAGUGAGAGUGACCUCGUUCUGGGGCUAAUCUCGAAAUCUCGGCUUAACGCAGAAGACCGCAAAAGGCAUUCUUAUCUGGCUGAUUUCUUCGAAAACCAGCUGUUGUUGGAUCUUGUUGAGGACGAUCGCACAUCUACAUUUACCCACUCUGAUUUACAGAUGAAGAAUAUUCUAGUCAGGGAGAUCUCGUCACAGGAGCUUUCGCAGGGGAAAGACUAUGAUGUGUCAAUUGUGGACUGGGAAUCAGCGGGGUGGUAUCCUAGCUACUGGGAAUACGUCGCAGCCUUUUUUGCGUUUACGUGGGAUAGUGACUGGUCCAACAGGGUGGCUGAUAUUGUGGACGCCUGGCCCGCAGAAGCGGCAAUGAUGAAGAUGAUAUACCAGGAUCUGUGGCUCUAGAAGCCGUCUCAUCAUCGAAGUCUCAUACUCUCAGAAGAUCAAAGCGAUAUUUCACUUAGCCGACAACAUAGCACAAGGGAAUUCACGGAAGAUAAAACCCAUACAAUUAACAAUCCUUCCUGAGCCUCUUUGAUUGCUUCGUUCGGAUGAACCUUCAUGAGAUAUUACGUGACGGAUCUGUUGGAGAAAAGAGGAC